CCUCCCGCGCGCCGGAGUGAUGGAGGGGAAGAGAUUCGCUUAGACACACACACGCGCACACAGCUGGGCACGUCUUUGGGAGGCAGCUGCCGGCUGGGGCGCUCCGGGGGCCGGUGGCGGCCGUGACAGCGCCAGCCGCGGGGAGCAGGGCGCCGGCACAGCUUGGCACCAUCGUUUUGAGGACAGAGGAAGGGAAAAUCCUAGUCACACUGAUUGUUGCUCUUUUGCGCGGACCGGGAGGUAACAGACUGCCUAAGGCGCCGUCGCCGCGGACGCCAGUCUCUUGCCCUCGGCGCGCAGGGUCCGGGGCCGCGCCGGGACCAGUGCUGGGCGAAGACGAUGCGCACCUCCUCCCGCAGAGCGGCUGCGGGCCCAGACACUGCGCGGACUGGAGUUCCGGCGGUUGCUCGUGCCGUGCCCGCGCCGCGGGAGCGCGCCCUGCCGCACCUGGCUCCAGCCUCUCUGGGAAGUGCAAGUAGCGCGUCCUAAACUCCACCACUACUCGCCGCCUCCUCCCCUCCCUGCUCCCCGCCCGGGACCUCAACGCCGCCGCUUGCGUAGGGGGCCCACCCGCCUCUUACUCACACGCGCGCACGCACAGUCCCGCUCUCUCGCUCCUAUUCACGCCGACUAGCUCUCCACCCAGCCCAAGCCCCGGCAUCCGAAACAACUGGACCAGCUGCCGUCCGGACCGCAGGAGCCGCCCAGUAACCCGGCACUACCGGCCACGGGCCCCUGCGCCCUGAGCUCCUGCUGCGCCGCCGCCGCCCGGGAUGAUGAGAUAAUCAAGCAGUCAGUGGCUUCAGCCUUGAUGUCGUCCAUUCUGGUGUCCAUCUCAGGAGUACCCUUAGCAAGCCUUGAAACCCUUGGAAAUUAAGGAGAGCAUCUACUAAAUAUAUUCUUCUUGAAAAUUACCAUCAUAUGUGUUCAGAACUUUCUGAAUGAGCAUAAGGAUUUCAAGGUGUUAACAAGCUGUGAACAAACGAAAAGGACAGCCAGUAGGUGGAGAGGACCAUGGAAAAUCCACCAACCAGAUAAUCAUCGCUGGAAUAGUCGGGAGGUGUCUGAAUGUAGGCUGCAGAAGCCCUGAAGGUUGAUGGAGGGCCAUGCUAUUCAAACAGCAGGUGUGGCUGAGACAGAAACUCCUGGUGCUGGGAAGCCUUGCCAUUGGGAGUCUCCUGUAUCUAGUCGCCAGAGUUGGGAGCUUGGAUAGGCUGCAACCCAUUUGCCCCAUUGAAAGCCGUUUCGGAGCCCGCAGUCAGGCUGAAUUCCCACUGCACGCCCUGCAGUUUAAGCGUGGCCUGCUACACGAGUUCCGGAAGGGUAACGCAUCCAAGGAGCAGGUCCGUCUUCAUGACCUGGUCCAGCAGCUCCCCAAGGCCAUUAUCAUUGGGGUGAGGAAAGGAGGCACAAGGGCCCUGCUUGAGAUGCUGAAUCUUCAUCCCGCAGUGGUCAAAGCCUCUCAAGAAAUCCACUUUUUUGACAAUGAUGAGAAUUAUGCCAAGGGCAUUGAGUGGUAUAGGAAAAAGAUGCCUUUUUCCUACCCUCAGCAAAUCACAAUUGAGAAGAGCCCAGCAUAUUUUAUCACAGAGGAAGUUCCUGAAAGGAUUUACAAAAUGAACUCAUCCAUCAAGUUGUUGAUCAUUGUCAGGGAGCCAACCACAAGAGCUAUUUCUGAUUACACUCAGGUGCUAGAGGGGAAAGAGAGGAAGAACAAAACUUAUUACAAAUUUGAGAAGCUGGCAAUAGACCCUAAUACCUGCGAAGUAAACACCAAGUACAAGGCCGUAAGAACCAGCAUCUACACCAAACAUCUGGAAAGGUGGUUGAAAUACUUUCCAAUCGAGCAGUUUCACAUCGUUGAUGGAGAUCGCCUCAUCAUGGAACCUCUUCCGGAACUGCAGCUCGUGGAGAAGUUCCUAAAUCUCCCUCCAAGGAUAAGUCAAUACAAUUUAUAUUUCAAUGCUACCAGAGGGUUUUACUGCUUGCGAUUUAAUAUUAUCUUUAAUAAGUGCCUGGCGGGCAGCAAGGGGCGCAUUCAUCCAGAGGUGGACCCCUCUGUCAUUACCAAAUUGCGCAAAUUCUUUCAUCCUUUUAAUCAAAAAUUUUACCAGAUCACUGGAAGGACAUUGAACUGGCCAUAAAAUAAUAUGUCAUGCAACACUAUGUGUUGUGCCUGGAGACACACAACGUCUCCUCCUAGAUUAAAAUAUGCACUCUUCCUAGACACAGCUAUCCAAGUCAUUUUUCCAUGUAUACUUGUACAUAUGCAGUGUGUGACCAAAUAUAAGAUUAGUUCUUUUUCUACUGAAAAUUUACAGAAAAAUUUCCCGCUACAUAAUUGCAUCUUUUAAGCUAUUUACAAAAGAAGAGGUGGUGGUAUUGGGGAAAAGUGACUUCAGCUAUUCUCAAAGAGUUAGUCUUCCUUUGACUCAGAAUUUGUUACCCGCCAUUUUCAUAGAUUUAAGCCAAAAGAUUAAUGUGUGAAAAUGUACCAAUGGCUGUGAAGCUUCAGGAAGUAAAGGAUUCAGUUAUGCAUUUUUUCUAAGGGAAAGUGGGCGCUUUAAUUCAGAUGCUGAAUUGGUGCCAUGAAAACAGAAAAUACUAUUUUCUUAUUAUUUAAAAGAAUGUCUUGUCUCAUAAAAUUGACAUUGUUCCAAAGUUCCUGUGGUGAGUUUGCACUAUUGUUUUCUUGUAUGGACCAUGGUGUCACUUAUAGCAUGUCAAUCACAGAUUGAAAAGUCAAGUCCUUUUACUUCCAUGUUGUAUGUCAACAAAGAGAAAUGUCAUGUACAUAGUGUAUAAUGUUGUAAAUACUGGUUUCACACUAAGUAAUUCUAUUUUGUAAACUGAAUAAGGCUAUUUAAUUUAUUGUGAAAAUUAAAUUUAUUGUGGUAUUUAAAAAUGGAAUGGAUUAAAAUUACUUU